CCGUGGCAGACGCGCGCGCCGCCAGGAGACUCGGGCUGUGGGCUGUCCCAGCCCUGCUUUCCCACCUCGCUCGCCGCCCGCCGCCCGCAGCCCGGCGCCGCGCCGCGCAGCACCAUGGACGCCCUGAAGCAAGUGGUCAACUUCGGGCCCGGGCCCGCCAAGCUGCCGCGCUCGGUGUUACUGGAGUUGCAGAAAGAGUUACUAGACUACAAAGGAGUUGGCAUUAGUGUUCUUGAAAUGAGUCACAGAUCAUCAGAUUUUGGCAAGAUUGUUGGCAGCACGGAGACUCUGGUGCGAGAAUUGUUAGCUGUGCCAGACAACUACAAGGUGAUCUUUGUGCAAGGAGGUGGCUGUGGCCAGUUCAGUGCUGUCCCCUUGAACCUGAUUGGCCUGAAAGCUGGAAGGUGUGCUGACUAUGUGGUGACAGGAGCGUGGUCAGCUAAGGCUGCAGAAGAAGCUAAGAAGUUUGGGACUGUGAAUAUUGUCCACCCUAAACUUGGGAGUUAUACCAAAAUUCCAGACCCAGGCACCUGGACCCUCAACCCGGACGCCUCCUAUGUAUAUUUCUGUGCAAAUGAGACUGUACACGGUGUGGAGUUUGAUUUCAUCCCUGACGUCAAGGGAGCGGUCCUCGUCUGUGACAUGUCCUCCAACUUCCUAUCCAGGCCAGUGGAUGUUUCCAAGUUUGGUGUGAUUUUUGCCGGUGCCCAGAAGAAUGUUGGCUGUGCCGGGGUCACAGUGGUGAUUAUCCGCGAUGACCUGCUGGGGUUUGCCCUCAGGGAGUGCCCUUCAGUCCUGGAGUACAAAGCACAGGCUUUGAGCAGCUCAUUGUACAACACGCCCCCAUGUUUCAGCAUCUAUGUCAUGGGCGUGGUCUUGGAGUGGAUUAAGAACAAUGGCGGGGCAGCAAACAUGGAGAAGCUCAGCUCCAUCAAAUCUAAGAUGAUCUAUGACAUUAUUGAUAAUUCUCAAGGAUUCUAUGUAUGUCCAGUGGAGCCCCAGAAUAGAAGCAAGAUGAAUAUUCCAUUCCGCAUUGGCAGUGCCAAGGGAGAUGAUGCGCUAGAGAAAAGAUUCCUUGAUAAAGCACUUGAACUCAAUAUGAUCUCCUUGAAAGGGCAUAGGUCGGUGGGAGGCAUCCGGGUCUCUCUGUAUAACGCCGUCACAGUUGAAGAUGUUAAGAAGCUGGCUGCCUUCAUGGAAAAUUUUUUGGAAAUGCAUCAACUCUGAACACAUCCUAACUGGUUUGUACUCUGCGCUUGAGCAGUGAAGUUUAGAGUAACUGGGGAAAUGGCUGCAAAAACAUGAAGAACACAUUUUUUUCAAAUGAUCAUAGUUUUUACAGAUUCUUCUUUUUGCAAAAAACAGCAAAACAUCUAGAGUUCUGCAAAGCUGACAGGACCACCAGCUAAUGGCUACCUUAAUCUUGACCUGAACCGGAAGCAUUUUAAAAACUCUUUCCAUUGCUUUUCUAACGAAUUCCAGUCUAAUUUUGCCUUUGCUGCUGCUUUUUUUUUAGUACUGGGCAUCGAACUUGGGACCUUGCGUGUGUGAGUCAGGCAGCAGAACCACUGAGCUAAAUCCCCGGCCCAGCUGCUGCUGUUUUUUAUAAGGUAGAUGGCAGUAUUGGAAUUUGCCUUGGACUUAACUGUGCCAGUGGCAGUUAUUUCUGGAGUCACACAAACAUAGCAACGGUUUGGGGGCCGAGGUGUAGUUUUGAAUUGAGACAGUGGUGGGGUCUCUUGGCCUCCAGAGCUGUUGGUGAAGGUCGGUGUUGACAAUGUGGUGAGUGCUUUGAAGUUCAAGGCAAACGGCAGACAGUAGAUCUCUCCUUAUAUCGUUAUUCUUAUGAAGAGAAAAGUGACUUACUAUAUAAAUGUUUAUAUACUAGGUCUCUCUCUCUCUUUUUUUUUUUUGGUACUGAAGAUUGAACUCAGGUCCUUGCGCUUGCGCAGCAGGCAGUGAAACCACUGAGCUCAAUCCCCGGCCCCACAAGGUCUCUUUUUAAUACCAUACAGUUUAUAUCUCUAUGCUGUUAUAUUUCUAAUAAAGCAGUUCUUUAUGAUACACGCAGAGACUAUUCAAGUUUGUCAAAUCCCUGUCCAUGUGCUGCUUUAUGAAAAGGCUCUAGAAGUUCCACAAUUCACUUUUACUCUCUGUUGAACAUGUGGAAGAAAUGGUUGGUUCUUUGCUUUUCAUUUAUGCCAUUAAACUAAAAAUCUGUUGACUCCCUUA